UGCUGAUCCUCUUCUUCCCUGAGUUGUACAUUCUCUUCUUUGCCUGGCUAUGAUUUAAUAAGCUCACAUAUGGCCUAUAGGAAGGCUACUGGGACUUUACGCCUGGGAUCCUGUGCUGAAAUGGUUAAACGUGGGAGGACAGAGAGAGAGAGUGGAGGGAAAAAUCUAAUAUCCUCCAUUCAGUGUGAUGGCUGAGCUUCGAUUCAGAAAACAAGAUCUCCUCUAAUGGAUCGUGCAACAUACACGCUGAGAUGGAGGAUGAAUGCGAGUCACACUCCGCUUCGCCAUGGUUAACGCCUCUGCCGUAGAUAAGCUUGUCCCAAGAGCUAGCAACCCACUUCUUCCCAGAAUAGAAACUUCCGUUAACAGUCCUCAGAAUCAUUUCUAUUUCUCUUUUUUAUAUUCUUUUCUUGCCUUAUUUAUUCUUUGAAAGGCAUCACUAUCCAAUGGAUCCCAAAGACCUAUUGAAGCCACCCAAUGGAUCUCAGGCUGUGAAGACUGCACAUUACAGUGACAAGAAAGGGAAUGUGAUUGAUUUAUUUACAAGCUAUAGAGGUGGAGCCUGUGUGAACAUUUCUACAUCUUGUCCAACCCCACCUGCUUCACUGCCAGACACACGGCAGCAACUACAGCAGCAGCAGCAGGAACUGCCUACAACAGUAGAUCCAGCUAAUGGUCUGAGUAAUGUGCCUCAGCCAGACCUGUCCAAGGCCGUCUCCCUUUCAAUGGGACUUUAUAUGGGGGAACCAGAUACAAAAGUAAUGGGAAACGAACUCGGUUACCCUCAGCAAGCUCAACUUGGAGUCCCAGCCGGAGAAACUGACUUUAGGCUGCUCGAAGAGAGCAUUGCCAGUCUUCAGGCAAAGUCUUCUGUGCCAGAGAAGGUGCAGGAGGGCCUUGAAGACAAAGGAGUUAUAAAAUGUGACCUGUCAACUCAGCCAAUCGCUUCUGCACAGGGUCAAGGGGGCAGCACUAACAAGUUGUUUUCGAAAGACCAAAGCACCUUUGACCUUUUACAGGAUCUGGAUUUGCCCCCAGAGUCACCCAGGGAUUUAAAGGGUAGUCCAUGGGCACUGGACCCUUUAUUUGAAGAUGACGCUGUUGACUUGCUAUCUCCUUUGACCACUGAUGACCCUUUUCUUUUGAGGUCAAAUUCAGUCAAUGAAGACUGCAAACCUCUCAUUCUUCAAGAGGGCACAUCUAAAAUAGGUGAUCUUGUAAGGAACUUGGUACUGCCGAGUACUGGAAUGCAGUUGUCUCAAGUGAAGACUGAAAAGGAUGACUUUAUAGAGCUGUGUACUCCUGGAGUAGUAAAGCAGGAAAAGUUUAGUCCCCUUUAUUGCGGUGGCCAUUUUUCUGGAUCUAGCCUCUUUGGUAACAAAUCAUCAGCCAUCUCUGUGCAUGGUGUCAGCACUUCAGGGGGACAGAUGUACCACUAUGACUUGAACACUUCCCCACUUUCUCUGCAGUCGGAUCAGAAGCCAGUUUUUACCUUGGGCCCACCUCUGCCUUCUAUUUCUGAAGCUUGGAAUAGGUGCCAUGGGUCUGGGAAUGAAAGCAUGGCUUCACCAGGGAAUAUAACCUAUCAAAACAGGCCCAUGUUUUCCAAUGGCUAUUCAAGCCCCGGAAUGAGACCUGAUGUGAGUCCUUCUCCGUCCAGCUCUUCUACCAGCACCGGACCACCUCCUAAGCUCUGUUUGGUGUGUUCUGAUGAAGCCUCUGGGUGUCACUAUGGAGUAUUGACGUGCGGCAGCUGUAAAGUAUUUUUCAAAAGAGCAGUAGAAGGUCAGCACAAUUACCUUUGUGCAGGAAGAAAUGAUUGUAUUAUUGACAAAAUUAGGAGGAAAAAUUGCCCAGCGUGUCGCUAUCGGAAAUGUCUUCAAGCUGGAAUGAAUCUGGAAGCACGCAAAACAAAGAAGAAAAUAAAAGGUAUACAGCAGUCUAACACAACAGCAGUUCGUGAGCUGCCUGAAAGUUCAGUAAAGAGCAUUGUCCCUGCCUCUGUAGCACAACUUACACCUACCCUGAUCUCCUUAUUGGAGGCCAUUGAGCCAGAAGUAUUGUACUCAGGGUAUGAUGGCACCUUGCCAGAGACUGCAUGGCGUGUUAUGUCUUCUAUGAACAUGCUCGGGGGCCGCCAGGUGGUAGCUGCGGUAAAAUGGGCAAAGGCAAUUCCAGGCUUUAGAAAUCUGCACCUGGAUGACCAAAUGACCCUUCUGCAGUACUCAUGGAUGUUUCUGAUGGUGUUUGCCCUUGGAUGGAGGUCUUAUAAACAGUCCAAUGGGACUGUGUUGUAUUUUGCUCCAGAUCUUGUCAUUGAUGAGGAGAGGAUGAAGUUACCAUACAUGCAUGAGCGAUUUAAGGACAUGUUCCUGAUUGUCAAGGAGAUGACUCGUCUCCAGAUUUCAUAUGAUGAAUACCUCUGCAUGAAGACUCUGUUACUCCUUUGUACAGUUCCCAAGGAUGGCCUGAAAAGCCACUCACUAUUUGAGGAAAUUCGAAUGACCUAUAUUAAGGAACUUGGAAAAGCCAUAGUAAAGAGGGAAGGAAAUUCCAGUCAAAACUGGCAGCGAUUUUACCAACUGACAAAGUUAAUGGAUACAAUGCAUGAGGUGGUUGAAAAUCUCCUAGCCUUUUGCUUCUAUUCCUUCACGGACAAAUCAUUGAGUGUUGAAUUUCCAGAGAUGUUAUCGGAAAUUAUCAGCAAUCAAAUACCAAAAUACUCAUCUGGAAAUAUCAGAAAACUUUUAUUUCAUCAGAAGUGACUGCCUUACUAAAAUUAUAUAUAAAUAUAUAAGCAUAAAAAGUUGCCUUAAGGAAAGAAUAAGUCAAAUUAUAGCUUUUACUGUAUUGAAACAGAAAAAAUCAGACGUGGUAAUUGUCCUUGCAACGGUGUACCUAAUGUAAUUAUGCACUACAGUUUAUGUGGUUUACAGAGGGCCAAGAUUUGGACUAUUGAAAACUCAUCAUUUCACUCCUAUGACUGAAAUGGGAAGAAUAAGAGAUAACUAAACCAGUCUGCAUUGUGAAUAACCUGUUAGCAAUUUUUGCUUUGGAUAGAUUUGUUUUGCUUUUUUUUCAUUUUCCUGUCAGGUGUUUUGGGUUUUUUCCUAUCUUGUUAGGAAAAGCAAGAAUUUGAUGCAUGGAAUCUGUUGAAAGUUUACAAGUGUAUACAGAAAAGGGAAGUUGUGCCUUUUUUAAGCUACUGUUUGAAUCUAGCAGUUCCUCUCAGUUUUUACAAAUGGACUUUCUAUUUUCUUUUGCUCACAUCAUAUUUUUUUCUUAUUGUACAGAUCUGGUCCUUUUUUAAGACUGGGGCAGCUCGCAGCUUUCUUAACGCAAAUUAAAGAAACCGUAAUUCUUACAAUGUCUGUUUUCAUAAGUGCUCUAACCAUAUUGCUAAACUAGCUACUUAACAUUUUUUAUGUACUUGUCCACAUGUAUGAUAAAGCUGUAUGGCCAAACUCCCUGUAUGAUUUAUGAAAUGCAUAAUAGCUGCUGUCAUGCUACAGGAGGGAUCUCUCCUGCCUUCUAAUUUAAAAAUCUUUAUAAUAUGUUAAUGAUUUUAUAAAAUGACCCUUUGCAGGUUUGAGCCCUGCUACUGUAAAAUCAGAAUGUAGGAGAUUUUUAAAUAGAAGAGAUUUUGUUUGCCAGAAACGUUUUCCCUAUACCUUGUUCACAUGUGCCAUAAUUUGUUUAGAAAUGCAUAGUUCAAAGCUGCUGUAGCCGUUUCAUAGCUUGCCUAUGUGUAUGCAUUUGUUAGUAAUAUGUAAUAUAUUUAAUAGCCAUUCAUUUUAAGAUUUUUUUCAGAUAAAAUAAAUAUUUUUUACUUUAUCGGGGUCACUACAAAACCACUUUACCGCAGGGUCAUGAAAAAUAAAUCACAAAAAAAAUUAAAAAAAGUUUUGACUUGCUUGGUAAAAGGAAAAAAAAAGUGUCAAGCUUCAUUACUGUGUAUAAAUAGUUUAAGCUACUUUAUAUUUAUACUUUUUAAAAUUGUAUGCCAUAUUGGUAUAUUCAGACAUUUGGACAUAAACAUGAAAGGGCUACUGCAGCUUGAAAUAACAAUCUGUAAUAUCAUUAAAUGCUUUAUAUAAUAUGAUAAAAGUUAUUGUGGUAAGGCUUCACAUGACAAAAGUUUAGAGCAAGUGCUUAACUGAAAGUGUGUCACAGAUUGUCAAAUUUAAUUUAAUUUUUAAAGUUGGUGUUCAGUAUAUUCUCUUUGUAGACUAUGUUUAAUGCAUUAAUCUGAUGUUUUAUGGUGAUGUUUCUCAAAGAAUAACUGGACUAUAAGCACUUAGGUAUUUUUAGUAUAUGUGUUGGUAUCUCCUUUUUCUAGUUCUUAAAAUAGGAUGUUGUCCUAGUUAGAUUUCAGGGCUCAUUCCACGUAGGCCUGGGCUGUCACAGGAUCUCCAUCAUAGACUCUAUACUCUCUCCCUGUAGAAGUAUUGAGUGGAGAAAAUUGUUUCUUUUUGUCUACGCAAGUUUCAAUGAAAUUCCAGGGACACAAAUACUCGGUUGAAACCUUCACAUUUUUCAACUUUAUACAGUUUUAUUACAUGGAAAGUUUUCAUAUUUGUUUUUAGAAGCAAACUUUUCAACUUUUUACAGGUUUCACAGAAUAAUUGCUGUCUGUGGGAAAAAUAAAAUAUUCCUAAUAUUUUUUGUCAAGAAACAAGAACACAUUUUUAAGUACAAGUACAAGUGCAAUGUGUAUGCUCGGUAACUCAAUGGAAUUUCUCAGGAUUUACAUGGCGUAGUGUCAACUCCUCCCCACUGCUCUACCUCCUGGGUCUCUAGUUGAAAUGUGUUUUGCAACUUUGGAAAUAAUGUUCCCUAUAACAAACUGUAAACCCUAAAUUGUCUAUUGCUAGUCCCGUGGACAUUAUUCAAAGCACUUACAGAUUUUUUUUCUUUUACAUUUUUUACUGGCCCACACUUAUUUUUAAAGGCAGUAUUGGGUUAAAGAACUGGGUAAAAAUAUGUCACUUAAAAAAAAAAAAAAAAA